UUACAUUUUAAUGCUAAAAUUGGCCGAACACAGAAAGUAGCCUACGCCAGGUAACAAACUAAAAGCGCUCAGAAAACUCCCAGUGCACAAGAUGUAAUUACGUACUCCACCAGGACUUGAACGCUUCUGUAAUCUUGUAUUUACGGUAAUUACGACAUGUCGUGAACGCACCUUUAGUUGUAUGGUUGCCGUGGCAACUGCACGCCUAACCAGUCACUCCCCCAAACAAAACAACUCCCCAUGAACUACACGGCUGUAUAGAUAAUAUCUAUCUAUUUAUAUUUAAUAUAAAUUAUCCGUAUAUGUGUAUGGAUAUAAUUUAAUUCUUCAGGAGAAUGUCGGACAUUAUCUGUCAGUGGCUGAAUGCGGACGUGCGGCUGUCAAAAGUCGUCGAGCCGUUUUCACUGAGCAGGGAUUUUGCAAACGGAUAUCUUAUCGGAGAGAUUCUGUACAAAUUUGAGCUGCAAGAUGAUUUCCAUCUCUUUUCAAAACACAGUACGGAGAACGCAAAGCUCAACAACUUCACCCGUAUCAAGCACACGUUGCAGCUCUUGGGUGUUCACUUUGACCUCAACAUGGCCAAAUCCAUCAUGGAGGGCAAGCAGGGGGCAGCACCACAUCUUCUCUACCAGCUUUACAUUGUACUGGAGAAGAAGAAGAGGUCAGGACUCACCGCCACUGCCAUUGAGGUCAUGCAGCCCGCGGCCAAAGCUCGGCUACAUCGCGUAGAAAAGCACAUCUAUACGGAGGUGAUGUUACAUUACAAAUUCAAACAAGUCAUAGAAGGUCAGAGGUCAAGGUCUUGUGCCACUAGUGGCACCAUAUAA